AUGCCCAAGAAUCGCAGCUAUGACAUGAGUUUCAAAGUAUAUCUACAAGAUAUUGCUGACGACGAUGUGACGACAUCCUCUGUGCCGAGCAUUUUGCAAACUCGCCGUGUCAGAUCCUCGACAUCGAUGCCUCGUGUGCAGCCAACUUGCAUCGCCACAUAUGGUCAUAUCCCCUCAAAAGAAUCCCUAGCAACCCGAUUGAGUUCCACCAAUCUUACCUCAUCAUCGGUGGAUAGCUCAUCGUCUACACCAACGUCUUGCGCUCAAUCCUCGUGUGUGCCGUCGGAUUUGGAGACGAAAGGAGCGUCUGAUUCCGAAGGAAGCGGGAUUCCAUCGAAGAAAGACAAUGACAACAAUGGCGUCGAUAAUAUUUUGCAAUCAUUGAGCGAAACUCGAAUUAAAGGGAAACGAGUUGGAGCAUCGCACUCAUUGACCUCUCUGGCGUCGGCUCAGACUAGAAAAGCGCGCUCGAAAAUGACAUUGCUCGAAGCGAAUCAACUGGUCGGCUACAAUCCAAUAUAUGCUCCAAAAAGUCCAAGAUACAGCGAUUCGACUGUGUACGACAAUUUGACAUUGAGCAGCAAGCAGAGCCAACAGAAUUUGAGCUCCUCAUCGAAUGCCUCGUCGAAAUUAUCGAGCUCUUUCGUCAGCGAAUUGUCACGGGAUGGAUGGCAGGUGAUCUCGUCGAAACCAUCGAAAACCAAAUCAUUUGUCAAAGUCAAUCUUGAAGAUCUUUUCUGA